AUGGAUAAUAAACCAGUUUAUAUGAUAUCUUCCUUACACUCUCCAAAUGACACUCAUGAAGUAAAAAGAAAAUUAAAAGAUGGGAGUACUACCAUGGUUCCUUGUCCAGAUGUCCUUAUAUGCUAUAAUAACAACAUGAAUAAUGUAGAUGUAUUUGACCAGUUGAAAGCAGCUUAUGGUAUGAAUAGAAAAUCAAGAAAAUGGUGGCACAGGCUGUUUUUUCAUUUUAUUGACAUGGCUAUUGUAAAUUCUUUUAUACUUCAUCAACAACUAAAACUAGAAAAGAUUUCACUAAAAGACUUUCGUAGGAGGGUAGUUGAUGGCUUGUUAGCUCCAAAUCAGCUUCAAACGAAAAAAAAAAUUCAAUCCAUCCAAGUAUCUCAUCAUAAACCACAUGUAGCACCAGAAGUACGGUUUGAGAGUUCUGCACAUCAACCUACUCGUGGUACACUAAGAAGAUAUGCACUAUGCAGCACAAAAGCAAAACAAAAAAGAACUGAAUGGUUGUGUGAGACAUGUAACAUUCCAUUAUGUUUGGGAAAAAAAAACUGUUUUUCAUUAUAUCAUAAAAAAUAA